AUGAUGGGCCUGGCGGUGUGGAUUGCAGUGGGUCUGGCAUAUCGCUUCUUCACUGAGCUGCAUGCUUUCAGAAAGCUGGUGCACGAAGAAGUUGAUACAGGCACCUGGCCGCUACAGGGUGGAGGCGAAAUCCACUUGCCACACCCAAGUGUCGCUUGCUACUACGUAUUCGAGCUUCGCUGGAUGACUUACCGACAUUGCUUUGACAUCCUCGUGCUUAUGACUUUCACGAGCGUGGACCUCCUAGUCUGCAUUCUUGAGCUGUGCUGGACCUCCAUAAUCGCGUGCUUCGCCUACUGCAGAUGCCUCUGCUGCUUCUGGUGCAAGGGCUGUUGUGGUAUUUGUGGCUGGAUGAUCUGCAACUGCACAUCGGCGAUCUGCUGCUUGAUACCAGUCGGUCUGCUCUUCCUCUAUAUCGUGUCGGGCCUUGUAGGGGCGACUAUCUGCUGCAUCAUCCUCCUGGCGGGUGCCAGCGCAUUGCUUGUUGGUUUUUCCCUGGGCCUCCGCUAUGUGCUGGCAUACCUGACGUGCUGCUUCUGCAAGCCGCUGCCACCGGCAUCCUGGGUGGAUCAGGUCAUGUUGCUCCAUCCACUUCCACCAGGGUCUCCAUACUUCACCACCGCCAUGGUGGUGCGUGAGCCGAUGAACGAAGAUGAGCGGCAGCACGACCUUAAGCUGCAGGAGGUGACACCACUUGCGAGCUCCUUCGAUGUUGACGAGGCACACAUGUCUUCUGACUACACGAUCUGGGAAGAUCACCUGGGAAUGCCGAUGCACCUCCUGAACUAUGCGUUUCCGGCAUGGUAUACCAUGACCUUCAUCCCGUCGGUGCUUAUGACGACAGUGGCCUUGGCUUUUCUGCGAAGCAACGAGAUUUUGUUCGCAAAGUCCAUGGCAGAGUCGGAUCUGACGUGGUUGCCGGCUGGUCCCACAUCAUCCUGGGUAUACCACUGGGUCGUUCUCAAGGCCAUCUUUAUAGGGAUUACGGACGGCUUCCACGGCAUCUUUGUGGACGUUCCCGUGGCAGUCGUCACACAACCAAAGGCGACGUUUCAACACUUGUGGAAUAUCGCAGACACUGGCAUAGAUGUGGUGAAUCUGUUCAAAGCAGAUCGGCGGCAAUCGCCAACUGAGCCCAUGGACGAUGGCCAGUUCAAGGGGAAUUUCGACAACUUCGAAGCCACUGUGCUGCUUCUUCGGCUGAUCUUGACAGUACUGUUCGGUUGUCUCCGCCUCACGGCCAUGAUUGCACGGACGCCGGACAAGCCCUGCGAUGAAAGUGACGGGGACGAGGAGGAGGACAGCGAGGUUUCUGAGGCAGUUCCGUCUGCCGUAGCAGUCCUCGAAAGACCGCGUGCAGUGCCUGCGGUGGCGGGCGUAAAGCCAGCUACAGUGGGUGCUGCUUUCGCUCAGUCGGACCGGCCUGCGUCCUGGUGGCCGCUGGCGACCUCGCUGUGUUCUGUGCCUGCAGGCUUCGCGGUGCGGAGCAGUCAGAAAAGACAGCGCGCCUGCCUGGCAAUAAACAGUGAGGAGGACAUCUACACAAAUGACUUUGUCAGCCCAGGUCAGAUGUUGAGAUGCAGACGAGCUGAACGGCGACAUCGCCUGUUGCCCGUUCUGUCGAGUGGCUGGUCGCGUACUGACGGCUUGCCCCGCGGUCGGGAUGCAGGUUUCCAGUUCCAAAACAUGGGCCCUCUGGUUGGAUGCCCGCCAUCGCUGUGGAUCUAUUUUGUCGGCAGCAGCGCAGUCCCAAGUCGCUGCCCUUGGCAGGUUCAGGAGGUGAUGCUACUUUUUGAGCAAGUUUGCGACUCCACGCAAAGCUACAGCCUGCUAACCAGCGCUUCCGGCUGCGUUGCAUCAGAGCACCGCUGGCCGGAAGACAGUGAGCCAGACAACAAGGACGUGCCGCCCGAUGGUACCACGCCUCUGGAGAAGCCUGCCAGUGAGUGCUCAGCGACUCUUCAGGAAGUUCUCGGACGGUAUGACCUCGUUGUAGCCAUGGAUGAGGGGACCUUGGCCCGUGUGGCUGCUUUGGCUGGUGGUAACGACGAGCGGCUGUGCUGCUUGGCCGACUUCCUGGACGCGUGCUCAGUGCAGGACCAGAUUUCCCAGCUUCAACUCCUUUGGGAUCGGAAGGGCCUUGCUUGUGCCGUUCGGCCAGAUGCACGGAGUGUUGAGCGCGCCAGGAGCUUGACAGACCUGGACGAUGUGGACAGCUCCGACUUGCUGCUCGUGGCCCAAGCGUUGGCGGUAGCAGGCUUGGAACGCUUUCUGAUCUCGCAGUUUCCACAGGGCUUGAAGGACCGACUCCACCCUCAUCUCGUUCCCAAGGGUAUCUGA